UUCUUUCCUCUUCAAACUCCCCUGGGGCAUUUAGACACAACACCGCAACCGUAUCUCUCUCAUCACCUCAGCUCUCACCUCCAAAUCAGCAUUCAAACCUCCCAGACUCACUUCACAGUUGUACCCGCGCUUAUCCUACCAAGGACGGGGGGGGAUCUUACCAACCUCAUCCAACCAGUCCUAGACAUCAAAGACCAACCACCCAUCAACUGACUGCUUGCCGCUGCUUCCUCCCUAGUGGACCUGCAACCUCAUCGCACCAGCAAGGACUGAGUGUGCAUACAUCUGAUCUUUACAAUCGCUAAACUCGCGCAACAACAUACAACAUGUUCUUCUUCUUUGUGUGCGGCGAGCAUACCUUCCGCAAGCCUGUUGAGGGCUAUGAGGGUAUGGUCUGCCAGUGCUACAACUGCGGCAACAUGGCUGGUCAUGUCAUUAAGAGCCAUCCUUGGUUCACCUUUUGUUGGAUUCCCGUCAUUCCCCUGUCGUUCAAGGGCUAUACCGAUGUCGUCUGCCACAUCUGCAACUUUGCCCAGCCUCUCGAGAAUCGUCCUGAUGUCACGGCUAUGAAGGGCGGCGGUCAAAUGCCUCCUCCUCCCGUCCACGGACAGCCUCCUCAGGGAUGGGGUCAGACGCCGCCUCAGUACCGAUGAGAGGCGAGCCACUUUCAGCCAUCAAAGAGGCAGCCCUUGAGCUCUUGGACCGUUUUACGAGGAGCGAGCGACGGCUCUGUGGACGAGAAGGCGAUGAUUAUGGAGGACUUGUGUGGGUCGGACGGGCAGGUCAUUGGGGAGGACGUGUCGUCGACUCUUCGUUACACUGUGAAGGGCAGGAUUUGGUACUGGUGUUCCAUUCAUGAUUCUAGGCAAGAUACCAAGCUGGCUAGGCGUUAGGGGAGGUCAUCGCACACGAUGACGAGAUUCGAAUUACUGGCACUUUCUUAUAGACACGUUGCUGACCUUGCUGACCUGGGGAGGCUGCAUUCAUAGUUCCUUCCCGCACAUUUUGUUCUGCCUUUCCGUGCCUGUGGCCUGGUCCUGGGCAGUCCCUUCGCAUUGCGACCCGGAAAUGCCGAGGAUACUUGUUUCGCAAAGCCCCCAAAUUCGAAGGUGUCCCGAUCAACCCUUCAACACGCUUCGCCAGUCUCAAUUUUGAUGCGUGUGGCUAGCCAGCCACUCCAGGCUGUGC